AAUUUCUAUAUAAAUACACCCAAUCCACUCUCCAUUUUCUCCACACCAAAAAAACAACAAAAACCCUAGUUCUAUAUAUCAAUAUUUUCACACACUACUACACCACACACACACACACAUCUUUUUUUAUUACAAGCAACUAUUUAAUUCAAAAAGAAAUGGAGAGAGUGAGCAAAAUGGCCUCGGAGAAGCCGGUGGUGAUAUUCAGCAUGACGACGUGCUGCAUGAGCCACACGAUCAUAUCGCUCUUCAGCGACUUCGGUGUCAAUCCGACGGUGUACGAGCUUGACGAGAUCUCAAGGGGACGAGAAAUCGAGCAAGCCCUAUCUCGGCUCGGCUGCAACCCUACUGUCCCGGCGGUGUUCAUCGGUGGCGAGUUCGUCGGAGGUGCCAACGAGGUCAUGAGCCUCCACCUCAAAAGGGCCCUCAAGCCCAUGCUCAAAAGAGCCGGCGCACUCUGGUUAUGAUCGAUGACGUACGUCAUCAUCGUACACUGUACGUCUGGCCGGCCGACUGGCGGAGAUAAUUAAUUAAUAUAUAGGUUUAAUUAAGAGUGGGAUUAGUUGGUUGGUAGAGAUUAUAUAUAUAAUAGGGGCCUUUUUGUAUGCUCCAGUUUUGCCUAACAAUUAAUGGUUCUAAUCUACUGAAUAAUAAUGUUUUUAUAUUUUAUAUAUACUUGAUAUAUAUAUAUAUGAUAUAUA